AUGGGAUCUGUAGUUGGGAAUGUGGCAAAAGAUCUUGGAUUAAAUGUUAAGGAACUUGAAAUUAGAAAAUUCCAAAUUGUCUCACAUGUUACAAAGCAGUAUUUCAGCAUUCACAUGGAAAAUGGAGACCUAAUUGUAUCAGAGAGAAUUGAUAGAGAAACAUUAUGUGGGACUAAACUCAGCUGUUUUCUAAAUCUGAAAGCUGUGAUUGAAAACCCUUUGAACUUUUACACAAUCACUAUAGAAAUCCAGGAUGUGAAUGAUAAUGCACCAACAUUUUCUAAGAAAUAUUUUGAUAUAGGUAUCAGUGAGUCUUCAGUCCCUGGAGUACAUUUUCCAUUAGGAAAUGCAGAUGAUCCAGAUCUAGGCACAAAUUCUAUUCAAAGUUAUACUCUUACUAGUAAUGAAUGGUUUAGUCUUGGAGAAAGAACCACAAAGGAUGGAGUUAAAUAUCCAGAAAUUAUACUAGAAAAACCAAUAGACAGAGAAAAGAAGAAUUUAUAUGAGUUAAUCAUAACUGUGUUUGAUGGAGGCAAACCUCCUAAAACUGGCACUGCCAUAGUUAAAAUCACUGUUCAAGAUGUUAAUGACAACUUUCCAACAUUCGCCCAAGAUACAUAUCACAUUAGGUUACAAGAGAAUGCACCUAUUGGCUUUUUAGUCGUCCAUUUAAAUGCAACUGAUGAAGAUGAGGGCUUAUAUGGCCGAAUAACGUAUUCUUUCAGUCAUAUUACACAAACUACGGGACAAAUAUUCUCUAUAGACUCAUUGAAAGGAGAUAUCAACACAAUAGGAAGUUUAGACUAUGAAGCAUCAGAUAGUUACGAAAUGACUGUAGAAGCUAAAGAUGGUGGAGGCCUUGUUAAUCAUUGUAAAGUGUCAAUACAAGUAAUUGAUGUAAAUGAUAAUGCUCCAGAGAUAAUAGUUACUACUCUUGCAAUAGCAAUUCUAGAGGAUUCUCCACCUGGUACUGUCAUAGCAAUAAUUAAUGUCCAUGAUAUGGAUUCGGGGAUGAACGGAGAAGUUGUUUGCUUGAACUCUGAUAUAAAGGAUUUUCAGCUGUUACCAUCAUCCAACAACUACUAUAAACUUGUAACUGCAGCUAGCAUGGAUCGAGAAAGGACUUCUGAAUAUAAUGUUACAGUUCAAUGCAUGGAUAAAGGAACUCCUCCUCUGUCUACCAAUAAGACCAUUCAGUUGACUAUUUCAGAUGUGAAUGAUAAUGUUCCAGUUUUUGAGAGAAUGAACUACAUUGUGUAUAUUAAAGAAAAUAACCAACCUGGGACCUCAGUACAAAAUAUUUUAGCUUCAGAACUCGAUCAAGAUGACAAUGGAAAAAUUACAUACAGCAUUGUGAGCAGUAACAUUGAUAAUAUUCCGGUAUCUUCAUAUGUUUCCAUAAACUCAAUGACUGGUGUUCUCUAUGCCCAGCGAUCUUUUGACUAUGAGCAGUUACGGGAAUUUCAGUUCCAGGUGAUGGCUAAAGACAGUGGAUCUCCUCCUCUAAGCAGUAAUGUAACAGUGAGGAUAUGUAUCAUUGAUAAGAAUGAUAAUGCUCCUAAGAUUCUCUACCCAUCACCAGAGACUGAGGGAUCAGCAUUAUUCGAGUUUAUUCCUCACUCUGCUGAGAAAGGUUAUCUAGUCACCAAAGUGAUUGCAGUGGACGCGGACUCUGGACACAAUGCCUGGCUCUACUAUCACUUACUACAAGUCCCUGAUCCAUCUUUAUUUGGAAUUGGUCAACACUCUGGUGAAGUAAAGAUUGUCAGAGAUAUACAAGAUACAGAUAAUUUGAGGCAGAAACUUGUGGUUCUGGUAAAGGAUAAUGGAUCCCCAUCUCUGUCAUCUACAGUUACUUUGAAUUUAGUUGUUGCAGAGAAUUUUCAGCAAGUUGUGCCAGAAAUAAGAAAACAGCCAACAAAUUCAAACAAAACAUCUAAUGUAACUUUCUAUCUAGUCAUAUCCAUAGCUGUCAUUUCUUUUCUAUUUAUUAUAACUGUUAUCAUUACGGCUAUUUUCAAGUGCAGAAACACCAACACCCCAACUACUUUUGGAGCAUAUAAUCGAAAUGUGUACCCUCAGUUCACCCUGGGAUGUCCUUCUGAGAUCAGUGAUACAAGUUUACCUUUCCCAUUCUCAUAUGAUGUGUGUGUGACUCUAGACUCAAAGCAGAAUGAAAUUGAUUAUCUGAAGCCAGUUCAGAAUGUUCCCACAGACAAUCUCAUAGACACCGAUGACUCUACAGCAGCAAAUGGUUCAGCAAACACUGAGGGGCCACAUAGAAAUAUUGAUCAGGUAUUUUAA